CCUUCUCUGUCUGUGUGCACUACAUUGUGGCGUGUGAGUGUAUAUGCUAUUUUUUUGUGUGGGUGCUGGGUGGUGGUCAGGCCUCCGUUUUCACCAGGACGUCUGCAGCUGCUGUCCACUGGACCUGCAGCCCGACCAUGGCGGAUCAGUACCAGUACAACGCCACCGAGGAGAAGAUCGUGAAGGACAGCCACACCAAGGAGAUCGACCUCAUCAACAGAGACCCCAAGCAGAUCAAUGAGGAUGUAGUCAAGGUGGAGUUUGAGGAUGUGAUUGCAGAGCCUGAUGGAACACACAGCCUGGACGGAGUGUGGAAGCUCAGCUACACCACUUUCACUGUGUCCAAAUACUGGUGUUACCGCAUCCUGUCCGCCAUCUUCGGCAUCCCUGUGGCUCUGCUCUGGGGCUUCCUGUUCGCCUGCAUCUCCUUCUGCCACAUCUGGGCUGUGGUUCCGUGCAUCAAGAGCUGCCUGAUUGAGUCACAGUGCAUUAGCCGCAUCUACUCCCUCUGCAUCCAGACCUUCUGCGAUCCCUUCUUCGAGGCCCUGGGCAAGAUCUUCAGCAGUGUGCGGGUGGCGCUGCGCAAAGAAGUCUAAAGAACUCUACGCAGUAGUGUUUAUAGUAUGACCGGAUGAAGUCCGGUAUCUUUUUAUACACCAGAAGAUAAAUCCUGGCAUCUUGCUUACUCCCUGAUUCUCCUCCUGCAGUUCUCUUAACACGCUGCUCUCCACCCUCCCAUCAUCAAGCCCUCGGCUCUCAGUCCUGACAUGCCUGGUGUGCCUUUUGCCACCAGAAGCUCUGCGACAGCUGCAGCAGGCAGCAUGGUUCUGUGACAGCUCUGGCAGUCCUGGAGGGCUCUGUGCUCCUCACUGUGGGAGGAGAGGGCCGUUGGCCUUUACAGGAGGAUCUGUCUGCUCUCACUUAUUCGUAUGACAAAAAAGCUCAGAUUUCUCAUUCACAACAAAUGUAAUAAACUCCCGACACUGCUGCACCUCUGGAUGAUGCUGCCUGUAUGCAUGGCACAUUUGGUUGUAUUGAAAGUUAUAUGUGUGUUGCUGUGUCCAGUGUGUUUGACCUAAUAUUGACUGAGUUGAAUUUGACACUUUCCUGUCUGUACACUUAACCUUAUUUUAAAAAAACGCUAACAGAAUGAAAGGAAGUGAAAUGUUUUCUGAAUGUCUUUGUUCAAUAUUGUCUGAUUUCUCCAUGUAUUAAAAUAUAUAUAUAUAUUCUGAUAUAUUUCCCUCUUAAUUUGUGAGAAAUCCACAGUAACUAAGACAUUUUCUCAAAGUGUGAUGGGUGGGAUAUUAAAUCUACGUGUUUGUA